ACGGAGGAUGGCUGGAGCUAUUAGUGGCCGCGGCGGCAGCUGCAAGAUCCGCGACCGGCUACAAAGAGAAUGACGGGGCACUUGGGGCGAUAGAGGAUCCGCGUCCUGUCUCUGGCCCAGCAUGGCUGGUCUCAUCAAGAAGCAGAUUCUAAAGCACCUGUCCAGGUUUACAAAGAAUCUCUCCCCUGAUAAAAUCAACUUGAGCACUCUCAAAGGGCAGGGGCAGUUGACGAACCUAGAACUGGAUGAAGAAGUUCUGCAGAAUUUGCUGGAUCUGCCCACCUGGCUAGCCAUCACUCGAGUUUUUUGCAACAAGGCCUCCAUCAGGAUUCAGUGGACUAAGCUGAAGACUCACCCAAUCUGUCUGUAUUUGGAUAAAGUUGAAGUGGAGAUGCGAACAUGUGAAGAGCCCAGGCCACCCAAUGGACAGUCUCCCAUUGCUGUUGCUUCAGGACAGAGUGAAUAUGGAUUUGCAGAGAAGGUUGUGGAAGGUAUGUACAUUAUUGUCAAUUCAAUUACCAUCAAGAUACACUCCAAGGCCUUCCAUGCAUCGUUUGAAUUAUGGCAGCUUCAAGGAUAUAGUGUUAACCCCACCUGGCAGCAAAGUGAUCUUCGCUUUACCCGAAUCACUGAUUCACAUAAGGGAGAGGUAUUAACAUUUAAAGAACUCACCUGGCAGACUCUUCGAAUAGAAGCUGAUGCUACAGAAAAUGGAGAACAAGAUCCCCUCACUACCCCUCUAAGACUUAUUACCAACCAGGGCAAAAUCCAAAUAUCACUUAAGAGAAAGACAAAGGAUUGCAAUGUGCUGGCAUCUAAGCUCAUGUUCCUUCUUGAUGACUUGUUGUGGGUGCUAACUGACUCCCAGCUGAAGGCAAUGAUGAAGUAUGCAGAAUCCUUGAGCGAAGCCAUGGAGAAAUCAGCUCAGCAGAGGAAAAGUUUGGCUCCUGAACCUAUCCAAAUCACACCUCCUAUUCCCAGUACCCAACAGUCUUGGCCACAGUCAUUUGGCAGCACCCAUAAAGCUAUCAGCCAGUAUUUUGAGAUGUAUGAUAUGAAAGAGUCUUCCUAUCACCUUCUUAUUUCCCGUCUGGACCUUCACAUCUGUGAUGAUAGCCACACUCGAGAAACAGGUGCUUCCAAACAUGGUAUAGUGGGAGGUGCAAUGCAAUUAACUUUUAGGAAGAUGGGCUUUGACUAUUAUCCUUUCCACUGGGCAGGUGAUAGCUGCAGACAUUGGGUGCGAUAUUGCGAUGCCAUGGAGACCUGGGAACAUUGGGCAAAAAAACUAGUGAAUGAAUUCCAAAACAAGAUGGGAAAAUAUAGUGAAGAAAUAAGUCCUGCCUCCUUUAAAACUGCAGAGAAGGAAUCUCCCUUGAAAAAGAGACAAGAUGCUGUUUCUAGUUCUCCAAAAAGCUCUACAGAGAAGGGCUUACAUCAGAACAGCCCACCACCUCAUACCCUGCUAGGACACCAACGGCCUGCAUGGAAUAGACUCCGAUCCAGUUGCCUAGUUGUUCGAGUUGACGAUCUGGAUAUUCAUCAGGUUUCUACAGCUGGACAGCAGAGUAAGAAACCUUCAACAUUACUUUCAUGUAGGAGGAAGUUAUUGAAUCUUCCUGAACAUACGUCAGCAAUCCAUAUAGUUUUCACAGAGUACUAUUUUCCAGACCACACUACUUUUCCAGUCCCAAGUCCAAACUUGUACUUGCAGAUGAAUGGCUUGGUUUUCACUUUGGACACAAGGAGCAUGCUUUGGGUGAAUUUAUUCUGCCUUGAUCUCUAUCGCAGUCUACAACAGUUUAAAGCUAUAUACAAGCUAGAGAGCUCUGGAAAAAGGGAGGAACACAUUGAUAUUCGAUUGGAUGGCUUUAUGUUAAAGGUAAACAUCCCAGUGGACAAAAAAGUAAUUGAACACCAGGACCGUCCCCAGUGUCUCUCUAUAUCCACAUCAGAAGUGACAGCUACUAAUACAAGGCAUGCACCUCAUUGCAGCUGUUUAGCCCUGCAGAACCUGUUCCGUAGAUUUGCUGCUUCUGAAUUCUUCCAUUCUAGCUAUACCAAAUUCCCUAAAUUUCAGGACAACUUUAGUCUCUUGCAUACUCUCUUUCUUCGUCAUGCAUACCAAGUGGAUACCAAUGUCCAGCAGCACACAGAUUUCUGCCACUUUCCUGGCAAAUCUUCCAUUUUUGAAGAUCUUUGGUCUGUUAAUUUUACCCAGGUGUCCUUGGACUUUGAGGGGACCAAAAGUUCCAAAGGACAGCCCCUUAACUUUAUCUACCCAUUUCCACUCUGUGUGUGGGCUUGCCUCCCAAAGAAAUGGGAACAAGCCCAGGCAGCAAUGCUGAAGGUUUCAUCUACCUCAAACGUUAGACUUAAAUCUUCCACAACUUUUAGUAAUCAUACUGAGAAACAGGUCUUUUCCGGUGAGGAGCAAUUCUGCCAAAGAUCAAAGACUGAGCAGAAUUUGAGAAGUAUCUACCUUACCCCAGAGGCAAAGGAAGUCUUGGAAGAAAGUUGUACUGUUGAUGAUGAAGGAAAUGAUAAUGAUCUGGAAAUAUCUGCUGAUGUCCAUGUUCUUCUGUAUUCAAGUACACAUGUGAAGGUGCAACUCAAUCAUUAUCAAUAUUUGAUGCUACUUCGGAUGAAAGAAGUACUACAGACUUUUCAAGAGCAAUUUACCCUAGAUACCCAGGAAAUAACGGGGUCGCCUUUAGAUUCCAUAACCACUUGCAUAGGCAUCAUGUUCAACAGUACUGAGGUAGCUUUGCUAAUGCAUCCUGUUCCUGGUUCUUCACUAGAACCGAGAUCUAUAGAUUCAGAUACUACCAGUCUAGUUGAAUCUGAACUCUCAGCUUCAGAGAGUAGGGAAAGACUAAUUGCUGAAAGCAAAGAGCCGAAGUCAGAUGUUAGCUCCGAGAAGGAAAAUAGUAGUCCCAUAAAAAUGUCAGAAGAUACUGGAACUGAGAAUACAGAUAGAAAUAUGACUGCAUCGCAAAACGGAAUGGUGAAAUCUCAAACUGAUGGAUCUUUGACGGAAGAAGAAUUUCAUAGUCAAGCCACUGGACAGAGGAGUCCUGUAGAAGAAGCACAUGAAGCUGAAGAAAUCCUUGAUGCAGAAAAACAGUAUGAGCACAUCAACCUUCCUAAGACUUCUGAAGUUCUUCCUUCCAGACCAUCUUCCAUUGUAGAUCCUUUAGGUGGUAUACAUGUCUCUCUUAACGGGCAAGAAGAGUUGAUUCCAUUGAGAAACAUGGAGUUGGAGUUAUGUAGUGCAUUGCAUAUAACAAAGGAUGCCACCAAGGAAGCCUUGCAUGUUACAAUGGACCUCACUAAAGAAGCCGUGUCAAUAACAAAAGAUGCUUUCAGCUUGAGCAAGGAAAAAAUGGCUUCCACUAUGCAGAAAAUGCUGUUCCACCCCCAAAUCAACAGAGAUCUUUCACCAAAACCUGAAGAGGCAGCAGUGAAUCAAGUAGGAAGUAAUAGUGAAAGUGCACGUUUCUCCUCCAUGAAGAAGACUGCUUCGCAACAUUCCUUUGAUACCAAUUCAUUAGAUGGCAGUGGUCUUGAAGAUAGACUGUCAUUAGAUAGUGAUGGCAGUGAUGGCUUUGUUAUGCUUAUGGAUUCAGAGCCCAGUCUUGAUCUUCUUACCUUAGGACAACUUCCCCAGAUGCUUAAUGAUAAAGACAUUAGACCAAGCUCAGUGGGAGACGAAGAAAGAGGAUCUACGUGUGUUAACAGCUCAGCUUCUCUGAGUGCACAGGACCCUACUACUCAGUUGGUUUCUGUGCUGGUGUUAAAGACAAAUGAAUUGAAUUGUGUCAUAGAAUCCAAGAGGAAUGAUAUGACACUUGCUCUUCAAGUUAUGGAACUAACUCCUGAACAUUUGGGAAAUAUCAGCAUGUGGCAGUAUCUGCAGAAUGCUCCCACAGGAGAUACAAACACAGAGAGGUCUACAACUACUGAAACUAUCCAAACCCAACCUGAGGUGUGCUUACGAUAUGAAAUUGGACCAAGUGCUGCAGUGCACUCACCUCUGUCUGUCCAAAAUGGGUUUUUUCAUAUGCUGAUCCAUAGCUAUGAGACAGAACUGCUGACAUCAUCUCUUUCUAGCAUUGGACUCUUCCUUGAAGAUGAAGUCAUUCCUGAAGUUAUUCCCAUGAAGAUUGAGAUUGUGAAUACCAAGAUUACCUUAAAGGAUGAUAGUCCUCGAGUGUAUCAUACCACUCCUGGUCCUGUGCCUAUAAUUUUAGCCAUGGACCACCUUGUUCUUCAUUGUAAAGAUGAUGGAAUGUUCUUUAUAACAGCUGCAGAGACAGAAGAAUCUUGUACCCAGAAAGCACUCCAGAAAAAUCUUAAGAAACAGCGUAUUCCAGUAGAGAGAAUCUCUAUAACUUCAGCGGAAAGUGAUGAUGAAUCAGAGUUGAAAGCAGUAUUAACUUUGGAGAAAGAGUUACAGGAUACUCGGAGAGAUCUUGCAGAAGCCAAUCAGGACAAAUUACGCCUGCUUCAGGAAAUCAAGAAAUAUGAUCCUCUCUUCCAGCUUUGACAACAACGAUCUGAGCAAGAGAUGCUCAGAGCAUUCCGAAAUUACUACCAGCAUUGAAAAAGUUUGCUUGUUAAAAGCAAACCAGUUAAUUUGUUCAUCUUCAUUCAAGAGCUGCUAUUUUGAAAACAGAAGCAGAAUGCCAUUACAAGAGAAGGAAGCGGAGAUGUAGCAAGAAAGUACAUGGGAAUAAGAUGAACGGGAGACUGGAUUUAGUAGUCCAGCUGUGUCUGGAAAACAUAAAACUGUACUCUAGCUAAAGCAUGGCACUAUUGUCAGUUGAAUAGUGAGAGAAGAAAAAAAAUUACUUGAGUUAUCAUAAAGCGGUGCUGAUGAACAUCUUUCUUGCUGUGAGCUGUUUCUUAUAGGUAGGUGUUGCUCACCCUACACCAAAGAAAUUACAUUCUGCUUAGCUCAGGCCUAAUUAGGGAAUUUUGCUAUAGCAACAUGAGUUUGAAAUAUGGAAUGAAGAUAGUUAUAGGCCUAGCAUAGGAAAAAAAGUGCCCAGAACAGAAAAUACAAAAUCCAUCAUCUUACUGCUCUUAAGAGAAUUUCUCAUGAAAUUAUAUUUUCCCUAAUCUCCUUUCCUUAUAAUAUUAUAACAUAUUAAUGCAGUAUUGAUACACUAACCUUACUGGUUCUUAAAGUCCACCUCCUUGUUAAAAUGGAUUUACAGCCAUUUUGGAAUAUAAUUUGAUGAGAAAGUGCCUGACUAAACAUUUUGUCCUUAUUAAUGAAAAGAUAGAUAACUUUAUUUUCCAUAAUAACUAAUAAUGUUGGAGAGGCUUGGAAAUGAGAUCUGUUAAGUCGCUUUAGGUCAUAUAUUUAAGGAAUCUGUUUGGUAAAUAAUGAAUCAAAAACUUUCUGCAAGAUGUGGAAUGCUGGUAGAAAUUGUUUUAGCUGCAGAAUAGUUGUU